GUUUUCAUGGUGCCGAGGAAGAGGUACUUACUAGGGUCGUCGUUACGAGCAGGUCGGUGGACUCCUCUUUAUACAUAUACUAUAACACACUCUGGUACCACUAUUUUUGCGUACAUUGUUCGCCGUUGAAGAUGUAGUAGACUGCGUAGCCGUUGGUGCGAUGUUGGCUGAGGGCGAUUAGAGGAACUGCAACAGAAAAUGCAGCCGCUCCCUUCCUUGUCGCUGCGCGACUGCCUCGAUGAGGUUUCACUCGUCCACCGGCGCAGGAACAGCGAACACCCCGUGACGAAAGGCUACUGAAAGGGGCACGACGGCUGAGCGGCCAAAAGCGACCAGGAUAAUUUUCAUCGUCUUUUCGAGCACAGCAUUGCUAUUGCUUACAACAGUAGGACGACGAGGAGAGAAGAACGAUGCAGAAGUAUCGUUCCUGCACCACAUCCAGUGCAAUGAUUGCAAGACGAAGCUGCCGGCCAGUCACAGGCAAAGGCAAAGGGCGCGGAGCUCGUGUAGGAAGCACGAAGAUUGCGCUAUCAGCUUCAGCAAUGAUCACCCGCCUUACAGCAGCCGUAUUUGCGACCAGUUCCGGCGUGCUUUGGACCUUUUGGUCCGCGGCAGGUUUCUCAUUUGCGGCCGCAACGCCUGACAUCAGCGAGUACCUGAUUUUGUCGCAACCGCGCGAGCGUGCGCUGUCUUACCUGCACCUCUCUUCGAAGUCAGAUGACAAUGCGGUGGAGUUAAAACCUUUGGUGAGAGCCGGCCUCGUCACUCCGACCGCGGUAUCACACAGAAAAGAACUAGCGCCAGUGUUGCAUAUCAUAUUCGUGAUGCGAAAACUUAUCUAUCAUACCCUAAAAAUGAAAAUUUGUCUCCGUUUCGCAGGUGAGUGCUCCGGGUGCCCCCAUCAUGACAUCAAGUAUGAUAAUUCAGUUGAUAUUAUGCUAGCUUUUUUCUCCGUGGUAUUUAGUCGUCGUCGACCCGGACCGCAUGCGGCUGUUUGUGGCGGACAGCGGGCUUGGGAAGAUCGUGUACUACAACCUAGCGGAGCUCCAGGCAGGGAAGUUGAUUUAUGGCGUUCUCAAGUGCUACAUUGAUCGCCGUUGUAUAAUUUCAUCGGCUGGAUUUUUUCUUGUAGAGCCUCUAGUGUCAAAAUCAACAUAAUCUUCAAGCUGGCUCUCGUGACUUAGUACCAGCUUGCGACGCGGUUAAUAACAUGCAAAUGUGCGCUGCCACCGCCAGAUUUGUCAUGCAGGAAGCACGAUCUUGUCGUUGUCCGGGACCGGGAUUUUCCACUCUGUGCCUGUCCCUGUGCCAUUCUUGCUUCCAAAAUUCACGUAAAAACCUUUGAGAAUGCCAUACGAUCACUGAUGGGCAUCAGAACCUGGCGGUGGACUCCGUCGAGGCCGACGGCAUUGCAGUAUCCAAAGAGGGAGACCUCUACUUCGACGGGAAGCUGCUGCUGCCCCCGCCCGACGCGAUGGCGGCGAAAGCGGUGUUCUUGCAGCCGCGCGCCGCCUUUGAGAGUGCGCGCUUCUUCAACCCAACCCUGCUGUACGACGCCGGGUUUGCCGGCGCGAGCCGGCUGGCCGCCCCCGGACCCCUGGCAGUGGACGUAUCCGAGUGCACAAUUAGUCAACUUACUACCCUGUCUCCGCCCUCUUCACGGAUUUGCUUUACACUGAACACUGACUUUAGACUUCAAUGACGAGUCGGUUCUUUUUAUUUAUGCAGGUCGGAUAAAUCUAAAUGCGUCUCUAAUGUUGUACUUGUAUAACAAUGAUUGUUUUGGUAAAUAAAUUGAAUUCGAACAUGAUUUCCGAUCAUCAGACGGCUAAAUCGACUCUCGAACGCCUUUUUGUUUCGGCCCGGGUUGUGGUUGUGUUGGCAGAGCCAGAGGCUAAAUCUGUUUCUUCAAGCCGGCCCGCCAGAAUUAGGAUAUUAGCGGCACUACUGCUACAUAGCUGCUUCACGUUGCAGAAAGGAUGACUGAGACUGCAUCUGCCAAUGCUUCCGUAAUAUUCGUGGUAAACGUUCUUCGCACUGUGAAAUUAUGAGGACGAAUGCAAGUCGGACCGGGAGCUGUUGUUGUUCUGUUCGCACUCUCAUAGCACACCAACCACGUUUACUGGGGCAACGCGGCCGCCGGCGGCGAUGGCGCCAAUCCGACCGUUGUGCGGGGACCCCUUGUUCCUGCGCACGCCGCGCCGAAGCCGGCCCCGAAACUGGACUCGCACCGGACUUCGGAGGCGACCUACGGGUGGGGUGAUGCGCAGGCCGUGCGCGAAACAGAUUUUUUGGCCCGCCCAGCGGCGGCCGACGAGAUGAAAUCAGCACCUGAAGAAGGUGUGAAAGUCGCGCUGCUCAGCACCAGUGCGGACACGGCACACAUUCUCCCCGAGCCCCUGGCCGGGGAGAGUGCCGCAUUAUUCGAAGUGGCCAACACGACGAAUGGCGUACACGCACUGUGUCUCUCCGCCAAGAACGUUUUCUUCGCGUCUGGAGAGACCGUGUUUGUCUCCCCCAAGGGACAGAAAUACCCCCGCUGCGACUGGUUUAACCCGAACUCCUGCUUGCCCGUCACCAAAGAUGCCGUGAAGCCGGAAAGUCUGCUUUGGGACGGCGACGGCAGCGUGUACGUAGUCGACUCCCACAAACCCACCAAGGACGGCAUGGGAGGGGUCUUUAAGAUUCCCGCAGGAGAUACUCGGGCGCACAAGUACGAAACGGAAUAGUUGUACGCAGUCUGGCGGUGACUCCACCCUGUUGUAGUCGUCCGAUAUGUGGUGAAGACUUUGUCUCUUGCAAGGCUUCCGUACCCAGCGAGGCACCGACCUGUAAUUUUCAGCAUGUUGGUCAUCAGACAUAGAAUAGAAGUAGACUAAAAAAGCAGAUAUAGUUAAAGUAAGUAUACAACGAGCAUAUGAAACUACAAUGAAACUACUACACUCACAGUGCGCGUUUAGGGUGCAGUGUUGUGCUGGUUCAGGGGUCGUGUACCUUCUAGUAGAUGUAGUUCAUUGAUGUAGUAUCCACGCUAGCGCUACCAGAUAAAACGAGUGCGAGAUUGAGAUUUAAGACUUGACACGGUCACGGUCUCACUUCACUCUCACAGGGAGCAUAUUACUUUGAUUGCGCCGCAAAGUCACCGCCAGCUUCAGAUGUAUAAAAACAUGGAGUACAUACAGCACGUCCCGUCGGUGCACGGCAUCGCGUACUUGCAGUUUUCAGGUGACGACGAGAAGCCAGCCGCUCCCACACAAGUUGAGCAACUUGUAAGCUCAGUCGUGUCUUCGUUUUUUUCCUGAUCGAGCUUCAAGGAGAAGGCUGAAGAAACGGGCGUCAUGUUCGUCGCUACGGUACGUCAAAGGUGCGCAUCCAUUCCUUUGCUCUGAGAUGCUUCUGGUGCUCUGUUUUCAUGAUUCAUAGUAUAAGAUCAAAGGACGUAGAGCAAGAAGAAUGGAAGAGCGCCCGCCUGUGGUUGCCUAUUAUACCACUCUAAAUCGCUAUGAUUUUCUUUUCCUUCUUUGAACCAUCACGGAAAAAAAUUACGAAAAGCAUUUCAUCCCGUACGAAAGCGAAGUGUGCUUUCUCAUAAUUUCGAGUUCUGCUGUUAUUUUGAGCUGUGGGGGCUGCCGGAGUCUGAUUGUCAUUCUGACAGAAAUGAAUCAAUAAGGGUUGCUUAUGCCUGCUCCCUCGUCUCUGUUUCUGCAUGCGCGCUAGUAGUCUCUUGGAGUUAACUCUGUCCGCUUCUGUGAAACUGUUGUGGUGCCAUUAAUCGGAUGGCGAUUGCUCGAGCACCCAAUGCAACCAUGUAGUGUGUUCGAUCAUUAUUUGCACACAAAAAGACACACAUCCUUCGUUAUCCUUUUG